GCCUCAGGCCCCGCCCAUUGUGGACCCGCUCUGUUUGUCCGCCUCCUCCUCUUCCUCAGGUGCUCUUUUGGGGCCCGACGUGAGCUGACCUUUCGGAGCCUGUUCUCCCGAUGGGGGUCCUUCAAGAGGUGAGAGGUCGACAGUGGAAUUCUGGGAAUUGUAGUUCGUUGUGGACCCAGAAAUUUGCAGGUAAUUUGGAAUAAAGAUUAAGCACUGAGAUGUUUUCUCAUUGGGAGAAAGUGAGGAGGAUGUGUUUCAAGAAGUUACUACUGCCGCAGGUUGUCCAAGUGAGAACUUUAUCAGGGGCUGAUGCUGUCAAUGCGCUGAGACCAUUCUAUUUUGCAGUGCAUCCAGAUUUCUUUGGCCAGCAUCCCAAAGAAAGAGAAAUCAAUGAAAAUUCUUUGAAGAGAUUAAAUGGGUAUUUGGAAAAUCUCCAGAAACCUGGCUUCAGGUCUUUGAAACCAACUCGGCUCACUUUUUAUGUACGAGAGAAAGAACAAAAUUCUUCUAAUGUCCAAGAAUCAUUAGGUGGUUCAGGAUUUCGAGCAGUCAGUUUUACUCUACGCACCAGAGACCUACUAAGCACAGUACUAGACAUUCUAAACUCCUGCAGCUUAUCUACUGAGCAUGUGCAUAGUUUGAGCAGCAAUGUGGACACUCGAUCUAGCCAGGGAGCACAAAAACCAUUUCCUAGGCCAAUUAAAUGGGACAAGACUUACUACUCUUUUACUGGAUUCAAAGAUCCUGAAGAAGAACUGGAGCAGGCCCAGAGGAUGGAAACUACUCUUAGUUCCUGGUUAGAUAAUAAUGAAAAGAGUGCAGACAAGAAGCUGAAAGAUAGCUUACCUCUCAGGAAAGAACUAGACCGCUUGAAAAGUGAACUCUCUCAUCAGCUGCAGCUCUCUGAUAUUAGGUGGCAGAGGAGCUGGGGAAUUGCUCAUCGGUGUAGUCAGCUACACAGUCUAAGUCGGUUAGCUCAACAGAGCCCAGAGGCACCAAGGAAUGCAAAAGGGCGUACGGUGAUAUUUACAGAUCAUUCUGGCGUGAGUGCGACAGGCCAUGUUAUGCUAGGAACUAUGGAUGUUCACCACCACUGGACCAAAAUUUUUGAAAGGCUGCCAAGUUACUCUGCACUUCAAAGAAAAGUGCUGUUUCUGGAGGACAGUAUAAGCCAUCUUUUAGGAGGCAUACAAAUAACAUACGUUGAAGAGCUACAGCCGACGCUGACCCUGGAAGAGUAUUACUCUGUGCUUGAUCAUUUUUAUAACCGAUUGCGUAACAGCAAGCUUCCAUUUCACCCUCACAGUUUGCGUGGACUGCAAAUUAUUUUGGAAAGUGACAGGUAUGCACCAAGUUUGCAUGAAUUGGGCCAUUUCAUCAUCCCAACAACCUGUGAUUUUGUAGCCCUUCAGUGGUUUAUCAUCAGCAAAGCACAACAAGCAAGAGAAAAACUGAAAAGAAAGGAAGAAUUAAUGAAGCUAGAAAAGGAGCUGGUAGAGGCUGCUACAGAAAAAUUCUGUCUCCAACGACUGUAUAAGGAGCCCAGUGUUUCCAGUGUACAGAUGAUUCAUUCAUGCAGCCGACUGCUAGAACAGAAGUUGCUGCCAUACCUGCAGGGCAUGCACCUCUGCAUAUCCCACUUCUAUUCAGUGCUGCAAGAUGGAGACCUCUGUAUCCCUUGGAACUGGAAGAAUGGAGGACAUGCCCAGUGAACUGACAGGUCUUAUAUUUUGUGUAAGAGAAAAUGGAACAUUUCUCAGAACUUGAUUUAAAUUCCCCAAACCCUUUUCAUGCCAGUAUUACAAGUAAACCAAGCCAUCUCCUUGGUUUUUAAUUACUGUUCAGAAAGCUACAAACAGGUGUCUUUUAAAGAUACACAGUUUCAGCAAAAGGUUGAAUGGUUUCUAUAUGAAUCUGCGUCAAGAUGUUAAUGAAAGACUUUGUUAUGGAAUGAGUUGUACAAAACCUGAAUGAAACGGAAAAGCACAACAAUAUGUGGAUUUUAUAUAUUUUAAAAAUGGUGAAUUAUAGAUAGACCUGAGAUUUACUUAAACAGGGCAAAUUGUAACGUAUAAGGAACUGUACUUAGAGAAGCAUUCUGCAAAUUGAAACUAAUAUGUGGCACAUUCAGAGAAUGUUGCAGUAUAAAAGCAGGAGAGCUAACAUCUCUGAAGCUAUACAAUGUUUUAGUUACAUAUUUGUACAUAAAACAUUUUCCAGUGAAAGAGAUAGUAUUUAUUUUGCAAAAAUGCUGUACAACUCCCUUGAGAAGAUUUUAUAUAUUGACAACGGUUAUCCACUAGAUCUUGCACUUUCAAUAUUUUUUCCAGAUAAAUAGACAAAAAAAAUAUGUAUCAGCCUAAAUUGUGAUUACUUUUCUGAAUAUAGUUUGUCCUUUUAAACCAAGGAGCCAAAGUGUGAUUCUCUGUAGGAACUCAGGCCUACCCAGAGUGUGGGAGGGAGAGCAGGAAAAAUGUUUCCAGUACUCCACACCUCAUCUCCUGUAUGUACUGAUGGCCCUGGCCCAACCCUGCCAUGAUGCUUACCAGAGCCCCACAUGCACAGACUCAUGAGGUGUGACAGGCUUACGGUUGCUCCAGGACUAGUUAAACUCCUGAUCUAGUUCUGGGUACACUGCAUCUUAAAAGACAUAGCUCUUCAUCUUCCCUGAUAGGGCACCUCUUUGCCAAGAGCAUUAAAUUGUUUGUUUCAAUUACUAUCCUAUCAGCAGUGCAGGUGGAUCGGUAAAGGGAGGGGAACCAAAUUGGGCUGAAGUUACCAUAGUAUGUGACACAGCUUAAAUUCCUAAAAUGAGCACCUUGUGUUUAUUAUAUUCCCAUAAUCUCCAGGAAGACAAUUGAUUUCAGGAUGAGUGGCCUGUAGCCCUCUACAUGUUCAUAUACCCAUCCGCCCCUUCCACCAUAGACAGUAGUCAAGAAGGAUGUGAGCUGUAAUCCUGCAACUUCUGGAGGGCCACAGUUUGCCACCCCAAACAAAAAUAUGAUUUCACUAGUAUGAGUCAGGAAACAUGAACCUGUUUGAUUAUGACAAGCUAGUUUUCAUCCAUGUAUACAUAUGCCUAGCUGAAUGGUUUGGUACAGUGUAUUUAAGGUACAAAUAUUAUCAGCCUUGAAUGUCAACAAGGUAAUUUGUAGCUCUAACCUUUCUUUUGAAAGCUUCAGUAUUCUCUGCAAAUUUUGUGUUUCAAAAGUAUGCCUAGUUUAAUGAAAUUAUUGAUUGAGGAAGAGAAGAAAAUAUUAAGACUGGUUACUACAGAUGACAGUGCACCUUUGAAUCCAGUAGAAACUUAGAGCACAAAGAUUCUUGCAGAGUGAUUCUUAAACAUGCAGGUACAUAUUUUGUUGCUGGAUGUCAGUUGUCUGAAAAUUGUGUUGUGCUAUUUCAGUAUUUUUAAAGUUUUCCUGAUGAGGGAACAGUGCUGUUUUGUUUGUUUGUUUGUUUUUCAGAAAUAAAGAAGUUCUUUAAUAUGA